GCAGACACUUAUAGCCAUCCUACGCUGGCGCGCCCUUCUUUUCUUCGUACCACGACGACCUCGGCGAGCGGCUUCGUCAAGUGACUUCAUUAUUCCUGGUGCUGUACAGUAGCACCGAAGCCUAUCUUCAGAGUCGACCACCAUGGCCCGCCGUCCGCGCUCACCCUCGCCAGAGCCGACGAACGGCGAGUCCUCUGCCUCCCUCGUCAAGCGCCUCAAGGCCUCCCACAGGGCCGACUGCUCGCAGCCGACGAACCCCCAGUCGUUCCCCGUGCUCGCCGACCCGACCCCGCACUUCCAUAACGGCCUAUUAGAGGACGAGAGCGUCCAGCGGCUGCGCGCGAGCUACCAGACGAGCGAGCCGUACAAGUAUGUCGUCGUCGAGAAGCUCUUCCAGGACGAGCUGUUGAAGAACGUCAAGGACGAGAUCCUCAGCGAGCUCAGCUUCACGGAGAAAGAGACCGACAUAUAUAAGGUGCACCAGACCGGGGACCUGGCGUCACUCUCGUUCCUCUCCCCAGAGCAGAUCGCCCUGCUCCCCUCCCUCCUCACCCUCCGCGAUGCCCUCUACUCCCAAACCUUCCGCAAGUUCCUGCAGUCCGUGACCGGCUGCGGGGCGCUCUCCGGCAUCAAACAAGACAUGUCUGUAAAUACCUACAAAAAGGGCUGCCAUCUGCUCAACCACGACGACGUCAUCGGCUCGCGGCGGGUGUCCUAUAUCCUGUACAUGCCCCUCCCCCACUAUCAGGGAUGGCAGCGUGAGUGGGGCGGCGCGCUCGAGCUGUAUGCGACGCAGGACGGCGCGGACGGGAACCCCGAGCCGAAAAGCGUGCCCGAGAAGGCGAUACCCCCGAGUUGGAACCAGUUUAUAUUUUUCGAGGUGCAGCCGGGCAAGAGUUUCCACUCGGUGGAAGAGGUGGUCGUGGGCGAGGGGGAAGAGGACGGACGGCAGAGGUUGAGCAUCAGUGGUUGGUUCCAUGCUGCGCAGCCGGGCGAAGAGGGCUACGAGCCAGAAGACGCUGAGAAUGUUUAUAAGAGCUCUCGUGAGCAGUUGACGUCGACACAUAACUUUACAUCCUUCAAGUCAUACCCAGAUCGCUCCUUCCCUGACCGUACCGAACCCCCACUCCCCUCCGACCCUCUCUCCGCCGACCACAUCUCCUUCCUCUCCGAAUUCCUCAACCCGGUCUACCUCCAGCCGCGCCUCAUGAAAGCCCUCGCGGAGCGCUUCGUCGAGGAAUCCUCGCUCGAGCUGCAUUCCUUCCUCUGCGAGCCGCUCGCCACCAAGCUGCAAACCGGGCUGCGCGAGACCGACCGGCGCGACGGGCUGCUCAACGGCGACGAGCGCGCGGGGCGCGUCCCGCCGCACUGGGCGGGCACCUCGGACAACUCGCGCUGGGGGCUCAAGGGCCCCCCGCACAAGUGGCGCUACUGCACGCUCAAGCCCGCGCAGCAGGGGCGCGCGGAGGCGGUGUCGCCCCGCACGGCGCUGGCGGACCCGGACGAGAUCAUGCGCAGCCUGCAGGAGGAGCUGUUCCCGAGCGAGGCGUUCCGCGCGUGGCUCGCGUGCAUGAGCCGCCUGCUCCCGCUGCGGUAUGCGGUCGAGGCGAGGAGGUUUAGGCCUGGGUUGGAUUAUACACUCGCGACGAGCGAGGAUCGGGAGGCGAGGUUGGAUGUGGUGCUUGGGUUGACGCCUGAUCCGCCGGCGGAGACGCGGACGAAUGGGAAGGAGGGCGAGGAGGCGGAGGAGGAAGAGAUGAUGACCGGUUGGCAGGCGGGCGAGUGGGGAGGUUGGGAGUGUUACAUGGCCCCUCAUGACGAAGAGGACGACCCGGCUGUCUAUCGGUCGGGCUCGUCCAAAAAGGCAGCCAACGGCAAAGGUGCUACAAACGGCAACGGGACUACGAACGGAAACGGUACAACCAACGACGAGACCAUGGAUGACGCUGAGAGCGAGGACGGAGAAGACGACAGUGGCACGCUCCUGACCGUGCAGGCCGGGUUCAACCGUCUGCUGCUGGUGCUGCGCGACGAGCGAGUAAUGCAUUUCGUGAAGUAUGUGUCGGCUGCGGCUGAGGGGUCGAGGUGGGAUGUAUGCGGCGAGUACGAAGUCGGCAUGGUUGAGGAGGAGGAAGAGUAG